AAGUAGCUGGGAGAAGGAAGAAAGGAGCUCAGGGCAUAUCAAUCUUUCUGCCUUACAGCUCCAAGGCUGGGGUUGCAGAAGCAAAGAAUAGCCAUGGAGGAAGGGAACCGUGCAGUUUGACUGACUGACUUGAAAUGAAAGCGGGGCUCAGGAGAAGCACAAUGACAGCCUGGCUGCUGCUGGCUAGGAUGGCUGAUUCCACUUGUUACGCAGCGCUAACGCUGAUCUGCUGCUGGGAGCAUGGAGCUUGCGGACUUGCUGUCUUGAGGCCAUUCUCCUGGUCCUGUCUGCUAUGGCCACAGAGAAAAGCCCAGUGCUGGGGACUGGAUUGAUGACAGUUGCUGCUUGCAAGCGAGGUGACUAGCACCUGCUGCCCUAGUUGCAGCUGGAUGAACUCGGGACACAAAGAAGAGAAAAAUCAACUGUUAGUCCCCGACAUGAAGUCUCCAGCUGGCCCAACCAGAUGGCUAGUACUGCUUGUCACCAGUCUGGUUUCUCUUUGCCUUUCCUUCCCACUGUGGAAAGACCGGGACUUCUUGAUGGAGGAAGAGGAUGCCCAUCGGACAGGUGGCAACCUGGUGCUUGGGAACUGGGAACAGAAGCUCAAUGAGAAGCUCAUAACCCUCAAGGAGAAGGAAGUGGCCAAGGCCAUCAGUACUGGACAGUUCCCACCCAGCAUGCACUUCUUCAGGGCCAGAAGCCUCAUUGACCAAAGCACAGUGUUCAGCAUCUUAAAACGCAUGCCCAAAGGUGCAGUCCUACACUUGCAUGACUACGCAAUUCUGAGUGCAGACUGGCUGGUGAACAAUGCCACCUACCUCCCUGACUGCUAUAUCUGCUUCACCUGCUUGGGCACAGUUCGGUUCAGGUUUUCCAAGCCUCACCCUCCCAGCAAAGUGCCACCCAACUGCUCAAAGUGGGUGUUGCUGGAGACAUACCGGAAGCAGCUGCACAACAUCACAGAGUUUGAUCACAGCUUGCUGAAGAACCUGACUCUGGUGACAGAUGAUCCAGAGAUGGCCUACCCAACUCAGGCUUUUAUUUGGAAAAAAUUUGAAAAUGCCUUUCUCACUGCUUCUGGCCUUGUCUGCUAUGCACCCGUGUUCAAGGCCUAUUUCUAUCAGGGGCUGCUGGAACUCUACAAGGAUAACAUCCAGUAUGUCGAGAUAAGAGCAAUACUCCCACAGGUGUAUGAAUUGGAUGGUACCACACACAACAAAUCGUGGUCUGUGGUGACAUAUCGGGAGGUGACAAGGCAGUUUGUUAAAGAUCAUCCUGAUUUUAUUGGAGCAAAGAUUAUAUUUACAGCACACAGAAUGCUGAAUGUUUCCCAGAUUAAAGAAGCCAUCUACACAGCCAUGUUGCUCAGAGCCCAGUUCCCGGACACUUUAGCAGGGUUUGACCUGGUUGGGUAUGAGGAUGAAGGACACUCUCUCUGGGAGCUGAAGGAUAUCCUGACCAUUCCAUAUUCUCUAGGAGUCCAUUUGCCUUACUUUUUCCAUGCUGGUGAGACUGACUGGCAAGGAACCUCUGCAGACAACAAUGUACUGGAUGCUUUACUGUUGAAUACUAGCCGGAUUGGCCAUGGACUUACCCUCAAUAAACAUCCAGUAGCCAGGAGCUUGUCUCGGAAGAUGGAUGUUCCUAUAGAAGUCUGUCCAAUCUCUAACCAGGUCCUGAAGUUAGUAUCUGAUCUGAGGAACCAUCCUGCUGCUGAGCUGAUUGCUGAUGGACACCCCAUAGUGGUCAGUCCAGAUGACCCAUCUGUCUUUGGAGCAAAGGGAGUGUCGUAUGACUUCUACGAAGUGUUCAUGGGCAUUGGAGGGAUGAAUGCUGAUCUGAGGACCUUGAAACAAUUGGCAUUGAACUCUCUAAAAUACAGCUCCAUGCAGCCAGAGGAGAAAGCUAAAGCUGAAGAGGUCUGGCAGAAAAAAUGGAACCAGUUUAUAGCUGACUUCUCUGGUGUUUUCCCAAGAGAGCUCUAAGAGGGGGAAGACCCAUGUCAAAGAGAACGUAGCAAGCUGGAGUGAACAAUGGCCACUGCUAGCACCGAGAGCAUUCUUUUUCCACAUUGUAUGAGCAGGUGGACCUCCAACCUUCACUAGGAGCUGGGUGAUUUUGACCAAUUGGAGUUAUAAACAGCACAAGGCCCUCUAUAAAAGUCUCAGAUGAAGCACAACAAUAAGCCUUCAAAACACAAAUUUAAACCUGCAGGAAAUGAUCAAAAUGCUAUUCAAACCAUGAUGGGCCAAAUCCUGAAGUCUUCACCUGGGGGAACCCCACUUUGAAAUGGCAGUCUGUUGGAGUUCUGACUCUACAAGGACCUCGGCAUUUCACCUUAUCAUUCCAACAUAGGUUUCUCCUCAGGAAGUUGCUCAGACAAGCAUCCUGCCAUUUGGGCCACUAACCUUGACCUUCAGGAAGGCAAGGAAUGAAAAUAACUCACUCGUGUUAUGUGCAACCUUAGGGCUGCUGCCAAGAGUAGCAUGGUUAGACUGAAGAGUCAGGACUUGUUCUAGGGCUUGGUAUUUCAGGAACUAUGAAGGCUAGAAACAAGCUGAUGGAGCUGUACAAGCACUUUCCUGGCUAAAAUGCUUUCUGGAAGAAGGUGCAGCUUCUUUCUCCACUCACCUUGGUACAGACUCCAAAAGGCUUCUUCACCUGGAGAAGUGGCCUCUGACUUCAAGAGGAACUUCUUGUUGUCAUAACCCAAAGGUAUGAUUUUGUGUGUGCUUCGGCACCAGAAUUAUCCCCGCCAGGUUGCAGCUUCAUUGCACGGUGGAGUUUUCUGCUGUGGGGGAAAACUCCGGUGCAGGGACGAG